GGCCGGAAGUGGGUCGGGGAGGGCUUGAGAGGGCAGGCGGAGGAGCCGUCUCCCCUUUGGCCGCGGGACAAAAGCUUCGCGGGGCAGCAGCUGCACCUGCCGCCAUAUAGGGAGGGUCUGCUGUCCUAUGCCGGUCGCAGCUGCUGCGGCUGCGCCAUUCGGGGCUUCGGCUGCCUUGACCGAGCUCCGUCUUACCUCAGUGGGGGUGAAGCAAAGGGCGUAAUCCCCUUUGCUUUCAUCUUUUCUUUACACGGUUUUCUGCCCCCCUCUUUUUAACCUCUCAACAACUCUGCAAGUUAAGCUGGCUGAGGUCGCCCACUCAUGGCUGAGGGAGGAUUCGAACCCGGGUCUCACGAAAACGAGCCACUGAGCUGCUCUCUCCUCCGACCCCUUAAUAGUAGCUGGAGAGAAGUUUCAAUAGGGGAAAUGGCAUGAGAACACCUCUCCCCGGCUACUUGGAAGGCUCUCCUGUAUCAUGUUGUUCCAGUAUGUGCAGAGUUUCAAACACAUCAGAAGCUAGUUUAAAACAGGAGAAAUGAGGCCAUGCGGAGCAGGUGCUUCUUCACCCUGCUUUGGCAGUUGCAUGUUAUGAGAGGCCAGUAUGGUGCAUUCCCUGAUCAAAGCGUACUCCCUGCUCAAUCACAUGAGGAUCAUUCGGCCCAAAGUGGCCUCCAUGGAAGAGAUGGCGAGCUUCCAUACCGAUGCUUAUCUGCAGCAUUUACAAAAGGUCAGCGAGGAGGGUGAUGAUGACCAUCCGGAAUCUGUGGAUUAUGGCCUAGGUUAUGACUGCCCUGCCACGGAAGGGAUCUUUGACUAUGCAGCUGCCGUAGGAGGAGCCACCAUUACAGCAGCCCAGUGUCUAGUAGAUGGCACGUGCAAGGUAGCAAUCAACUGGCCUGGAGGGUGGCAUCACGCCAAGAAAGAUGAAGCUUCUGGCUUCUGUUACUUGAAUGAUGCUGUUCUGGGCAUCCUGCAGCUGCGGCGGAAAUUUGACCGUGUCCUCUACGUGGACCUGGAUUUGCAUCAUGGGGAUGGUGUUGAAGAUGCUUUUAGUUUCACCUCCAAAGUCAUGACUGUCUCUCUGCACAAAUUUUCACCAGGAUUUUUCCCAGGAACAGGAGACUUGACUGAUGUGGGCCUGGGGAAAGGACGCUAUUACAGUGUCAAUGUGCCAAUCCAAGAUGGCAUCCAAGAUGAGAGAUACUACCAUAUCUGUGAGACGGUGCUAAAGGAGGUCUACGUGGCAUUUAGCCCUGAAGCCGUGGUCCUGCAACUGGGAGCUGAUACUAUUGCUGGUGACCCCAUGUGCUCAUUUAAUAUGACCCCAGUGGGUAUAGGCUGGUGCUUGAAGUAUGUGCUGCAGUGGCAGCUGCCAACCCUCAUCUUGGGAGGAGGAGGAUACCAUCUGGCCAACACAGCUCGCUGCUGGACAUACUUGACCGGGGUCAUUCUAGGGAGAACACUGUCCUCUGAGAUCCCAGACCACGAGUUCUUCACAGAAUAUGGCCCUGAUUAUGUGCUGGAAAUCACGCCAAGCUGCAGGCCGGACCGCAAUGAGCCUCAGAGAAUCCAGGACAUACUCAGCUGUGUAAAAGGGAAUCUGAAGCAUGUGGCUUAGGAGGAAAGAGGCAGCUCCUCUGACCACCUCUCCUGGGCCAGACAGACUGAGAAUGAUGCAUUUUGCUGCUGCUGCUGCUGCUGCUGCUGCUUUAGGGGCACGCUGGAGGAAGAAAGACUUCUUGAGGACCUGCCACCCUACUGCAAUGGGGAGUCCACAUGACCAUCAAUGCUGUUGUCUUACCCACUUUUUAAAAGUAGUCGCCAAUUCUUAGGGAGGGGGCUUGUUUAUGAUGGUUUUUAACGAAGGGAGGUAGCAUUUCCACCUGUGGCUUUGGUGCUCAGUUUUCUACUUUUGUCUAUCUUGUAGGGACCACAUGUACAGCUUGUCUGUCUAAUGGAAGGAGUGCCCUGUAGCACUGAGGGUGAGGGAUGGGCUUUUGGCCGUCUGCCUCUUUGAUUUGGCUGCAUCCUCACUAGAGGGAGAGAAAUUGUUUUUAAAAACGGUUUGCAUUUUAAAUAAAGUAUUUGAUAUAUUU